UGUAAAACUAUAAUAAUUUUUUUGUUUAGUUUUCUGAGGUAUUUUAAUCACAUUCACGUGAUGUUAAGUAAUAACAAAGACUGUAAUGACAGCAUUUAGAUGAUUUAGAAGGUCUCUGCGUUACUGUGGCAAUUAAUGGCUAACUGGCUGUAAUAAAAUGAGGGAGGAAACAGAUUAUUAACUUAUGUGUAAAUGAUAUGGUGUUACUCGUGGCACAAUUCUUCAUGAGGGUGUAAAAAACGUGAAAUAGAACAAGAUAAGGGAAAGGUAGACAGGUUGCAGUAGUCGUAAUGCUAUGAUCUGGCGCAAAGUCCAUAGUCACAAAUGGUUUGAAACCUGUUGAACGUUCAUGUACGGUCUCCUUGAACCUGUCUGGCGAUUCUUCUUUGAUUUCGCCCGUUUUAAACAAGGAUUUAUUUAACUUACCCGCUCACUGGAUGUUUUUAUGCGCCAACAAGGCCAUCCCUCAUAAACUUUAAAACUGUUGUGCCAAAAAUCAUAUUUUGUCUCCAUUUUGACGUUCGCCUUGAACACUUGGCCAUAUGUGCAUGCCUGUAUGCAAGUUGAUAUUGCUUUGACGAGCAGGUAUAAGCAACUGUUUCUGAGUGAUGCAUCGCUAUCUGCAAGAAGGAAAAGCAGAGACACUUGGUUUUUCUACAGGUGAUCUGAUUGGUCCAUCAUGUGGGCUUGGGCAUUACUUCCUGUCACCCUGGCAGUGUUUGGGACUAUUGGGAUGUGGGCUGUGUAUGCCAUAGCUGUGUCCAAUAACACUGUUAAUAUAACCGAAGAAUUCCCUUUCAUCAGCACAUGUGGCUCAUACAACCCCCAGAGCUGCCUGUUUUCUCAGAUCUGCAACAUAUGCUGUGUGUUGGCUUUGUGGAUUGUCACAAUCAGAUUUCAGCAGGUCCGCGAUUUGGGUUCUGGGUCUCAUUUAAACACGGCCGGUUUGGUGCUUGGCUUCAUCUCUAGCAUUGGGAUUUCCAUUCUAGGAAACUUCCAGCAAUCUGUAGUGAAGGGGGUUCAUCUGUUUGGGGCGCUCAUGGCCUUCGUCCUGGGUUUGGUUUAUUUCUGGAUCCAGGCGUGGCUUUCGUACUACAGCCCGCCGCCAAAUGACCGCAAAUGGGUGGUGCCAGUGCGAAUUGUCCUCUGCAGCCUGUGUACUUGUUUGGUCAUCUGCAUGUUUGUUCUCUAUAAAACAGGGUUUCGCUCUGAAGCUGCCAUAUGUGAGUGGGCUCUGGUCAUGUGUUGUUUUGCGCUCUUUGCGAUUUUUGCAGCAGAAUUCAGACACAUUGACUGCCACAAGCUCACUGUACAGAACAAGGAAAGGAAAAGCAGCAGUGACGCUAAUGGUGUGUGGACAAUACAGGAGAUUCACUGAGGAGCAGCUGGCAAGUUGUGGCUGUGUGGUAAUCAGACAGAUACGUACAAGUUGAACAAACUCGCCAUUUAAUGUGGACACAAUGAACUAUAAUCUGCACAACUCUGCUAAAUGCACUGAAACACACAUAAAACACCGUUCAAAUCCACAUUUUACAAUAUAAAUUAUAUGUUGCAGAAAUGCUAUGCUGAAUUCAUGAGCAUAUUGUUUACUUGACAUUUACAUGAUGUUAAAUUAUAGUUUAUAAUUAAAAAUGUGUUUCAUCUGUGUAGUUUUCCAGUAGACU